CCGCUCCUCAAAGUUUAUGUGCCCAACCAUUCUGGACGUCUUGUAUGUGCGUACAGUUUGUGUCUCCUGCCAUGAGCGAGAUGAAUUGGAGAUAAGGGGCGCAUUCUUUGGUGAUGCCGCCCUCCGAAUUGCAAGCGCCCUUCGCCUACCAACUUCAACUCCUCGCAGCCAUCGACAUCGACCGUAUGCGCGAGCGGGAUUGCUACCGUCAGUUUCUAAAGCCCUUCGGGACAUUGUUGCUACGAAACACACUACAAUUCGUCAGCUUGUACUGCUCAUCGAUUAAACUUUACCGGGCGACACGUCGACAGCGCACAGCGGCCACUAGACAUACGCUUGGACAUCUAUUCACCACCUGUCCGCCCUCAACACGGUAACAUUUCGAAACACCAACAUCGCCUCAUCAGAAUGAACGAACAAAACGAAUCCUUUCUCUUCCGUCUCCCGCGGGAGUUGCGCGAUGAGAUCUACCACUACUACGUCCUUGAGGAAAAUGGCUAUCACCACGAUGCCACGUCUGACAAGCUUCGACAGGCUAGCGGACAUCCGAUCAAUUUGAGUUUGCAGUACACUUGCAAGAAGACUGUGACCGAGAUGGAGGGCCUAGCUCUGCAGGUGAAUAGGGUUAUCUUUCGUACGAUGCUCGAUUUGCCCACAGCUGGUAGCAAAUUCUCGAACGCGACUGUAUGGGAUCAUCUUCUCCGUGAACGAGAACGACCUCUCCGACGUAUGUUUUGUUGGUCCCGUCCUCUGGUCACGGUCGAAGCUAUACAGCGCCUACGGGAGUUGCAUCCGGAUAGUACUGCGGCGGAGGAGAUUGAAAAGGGAUUUAUCGAGAUGAGUGAUGAGAAAGCGUUCAUCGAGAUGGGUGCCAGGAUCGACUGGCUCGAAGGGGGAAAAUUGUUUAAUUCACGCAAAAUUUGGAGUAUAGACUAUACAGCGCACUCAACUCUACGCCAAGACUUGCUACAAAUCCUUUCCACCCAACCAGACUUCUGGCGGCUGACUUCCAAAGACUACACCAAGGAGCUUGAAGAAGACGACGCCGAUUGGAUUGUAUAUCAAGAUCCGGCGUACCCAAAUCGAGCCAUUCAGGCAUUAGCGCUUGGAUGGCGUCCGGACCCAUGGCGAAUGCCGGAUCGCGCUGAGCUCGACAUGAUCGCCGAAUUUCACUCAUGGCUGCCUCGACCAGGAAAGGACUUUGAUGGAUGGUCGCGGUGCCGUUGUCGGGAUGAGACCUACUUUUCGGCUACCGCGGUGGCUAUUCAAUUCUUAGAGCGCUUGCCACCAGCCACUCGGAUGCAUCUACGCAGUGUUGUUAUUAAUGAAGACAGAAAAAGCGUGGCAGAUGGGAAGACUCACGCUAGAGGCCUUAUCCCUCUCUGCCGUGAAAAUCUCAAGAUUCGGAUCGAGAGAAGGGUAGAUGUAUUUUUCCAGCACGACUUGUUCGAUCGCGUAUCUUUGGAAGAAGGAAUCGAGGAGAUUGCGCCCUGGUUUUCUGAAACCAAGUUCCUCGAGAGGCUCGGGAUGCCGCCUGGAUCCUUUUCCUUGAUUCUUCACGGCCCCACACCUCGAGCGAGCCAACGGCUGAGCGACCUUCUUAUUAAGAUUGCCAUUUGGGACGAGGGCUGCACUAUACUCAAGCAUAGGAUGGGUCACAGUUCCAAAUAUGUCGCCUAUCCAAUGUAUAGAGGCUUUGCGGAUGGUGUUAAGAAGAUGGUUACAGGCGAGCUUCCUGCAAGAGUUGAGGCGGAUAUGGGACAUGCAUGGGAUAUCAACCAGCUUCUGGACGACCAUGUCGGCGAAUGGCCCGCAGAUAGCGAAGACGUAUAUGUGAAGCUUACCACUGAGCAUGCUGGACACGAACUGUCACUUGAAGAGGAGGACUAGACAAAUGAACGGAAGGCUGGGACGUUUCGGUAGAGAAUGAGUGAUAGAAACCGGGUACCAGAGGGUUGAUUUGCGGAGACCCUACUUGCAUGACAAUGCCGUUCGAUGGUCAGUGAACAUAUGUAGUUGAGACUCACUGUGAGUUAAGUUUGUUCACUCUGGCCUUAUGAGCAAGUAGUGUUCCAACGCUUUCUCGGAGUCUUCAGUUGCUAAGAAUUGGUAAUAAUGUCUCACAUGCGCAACCACAUCCUCGUCUAAUAAUCCAGCAUGUUUGCACCGG